AACUGUUUAAACAUUACAAAUAACAGGGUUUACUCAAAGUAAUAACUUACAAUUCUUUAAUUCUGAUGCCUAUUAAAUGAAUCUACGAAAAAUAAUUUUAAAAAGCUUUGUGGAACUAGUGGAUUUUCUAACUGCAUAAUUGUUGCUAGUUGCUGGUUGCUAGUUGCUAAAUUAUCAUGUGUGAACCCGAGGUCAAUAUAUGUACAAAUACGAAUCACGACCAAGCGCUCCUUUAUGAACAGCAAAAUGUGAACACUGAACUGUUAGAGCUCAAAGAAUGGACAGAACAGAGAAUGAACAAGCAAAUGAUGCUUCACGACCAGAUGGUGGUAUAUUACGAUCGGAUGUUGACAAAAUGCAACGUGUACGAAGAGGAAUUAGAACGAACUCGCACGGAAAACGCACGUUUCAAAUUCACUGCACAAUGUCUGAUGGACAAGAUCAAAGAAUUGACCAGUACUAUUGUCAAAAAAUCUUCAAUCAAUUCCUUAAAUGAUGAUGAAGUUAACGACAGCAAUAAAUAUGAAGAUUGCAAUAAAGAUAACGAUUACGAUAAGGAUAAUGAUAACGAUACAGAUCCGAUAGCUACAUACUUGGAGGUGUGUUCCAAAACGUUGAUAGACGAAGUUGGCGCAUACAAGGAGCAGGUCGAUAAGGAGACAAUAGAGUUGGAAAAUCUUAAAGACCAGCUGACCAGGUCAUUGGAAAAGCAGAUGUGCAUUAGGAAGUGCGUGAACGAAUUGACAGUGCUGUCUAAAAAUGAACGGAUGAAGUGGGUCGAAGAUGAGCUGGAACUGCGGACGACAGUGGACCGACUGACGGCCGAGCUUGUUGAGGUGCAACAGGAAAUGAAACGAUUGCAGUCGGUCGAGGCUGAGAUAUCGGUCAAGUUGACGCACCGUGAAUCUGAGCAGGACGAGCAUGAUGAAGUAGUGCGUUCAGAAAAUGCCCGGCUGCAGGCUCAGCUGGGGAAUAGUGCAAUUGUUGAGGCCAAACUGCGAUCGAAGUUACACGAUCUGGAAUUGGAGCAGUCCAAGCGAACAGAAGCGUCAAAAAUUCAGCAGGAACCGUAUCAGGUCAGCUUUGACAGCGAGUCAAUAGACGGCUCGUCUACGUCAUUGAUAAUGUACCAGAAUAAUCUGUCCCGAACGAGCAACGAUCAAAUGGCCAGUUUUCCGGACCUAGGACGUGGUGACGACCAAUUAAUACCGUGUUUGUUGUCGUCGACAAAAAGCUGCGCCGUCGCUGAGGACGCCCAACUAUCGUGUUCGCAAUCGACCAACGAUGACUGCCAACCGUCGUAUUUGGAUUCAGCUAACGACGACCACCAAUCGUCGUGUUCAACGUCGACAGCUGUGCAAGGCAGCACCGAGACAGCCUCUGAACCAUCACUGGAUGUGUUGAAAGAUCAUCGUUUGGCUGAACUUAUUAAACGAUAUGAGAGCCACCACGACGAUAAUUGCUAAAUAUUUUUGUUGUUGGAAAUAAUGGUAUUUCAUUUUUUUUCUAUUGUCUGUGCCAGUCUUGUCAAUCGACCACAUACACUACGUUAAACCUCACACAGUUACAGCAGCUUAGACAACCGGCUCAACCGAUGGUAAGGUGAGCUUUGUACAACACAUUAUAGAAA